GUGUGGACAACCGCAUUAGAUGAAUUCCAACCCUGGGAUCCUAACCCUUAGCUCUGUAUCCCCAGCCGUCAGAUUUGUCCUGCUCCUCCCUCCGAUCCCCUCCUCUACCUAUUUCCCCUUUUUAAAUCCUCUCCUUUCCCUGUCCUCCAUCGUCUUCUUCCCACCAAACCUACAGUGUUUCUCUCUCCUCUUCCUUUUUCUCUAUCCAUAAUCCCACCGUCGCCACCAUGGCCACUGCCGAUCAACUCAACAACCCACCGCAGCCACCUCCUCCGGCCCCCUCACUCCCUCACUACCCCGAGAUGAUUAUGUCAGCGAUCGACGCUCUCAACGACAAAAACGGAGUGAGCAAAUCGGUGCUUACGAAGCAGAUCGAGUCCACCUACGGCGAUCUGCCCCCAGCUUUCACUACGCUCCUUACCCAUCACUUGGACGUCAUGAAGCAAACCGGCCAACUCCUCUUCGUCAAAAACAACUACAUGAAACCCGAUCCCAACGCGCCGCCGAAGCGUGGGCGUGGUCGUCCUCCCAAGCCUAAAGUCCCUCUCCCGCCGGGCACCGUCGUAUCUCCUCCACGCCCACGUGGCCGCCCACCCAAAUCCAGAGAUCCAUUCGCUCCCAUUUCGCAGCCCAAGAAGAAACCCUCCUCGGGAAGUGGAAGGCCACGUGGCCGCCCUCCGAAGUACCCAAAGCCAGCGCCGACGUCGGUUCCGGUUGCUAGUCCGCCCCGAGGUAGAGGGCGGCCGCCGAAGAUUAAGCCAGCCGUCGCCCCAGUUGGGUGCUGAGUGGAGAUUAAAAAAAAACAGAGGAUGAGAGAGAGAUAGAUAGAGAGAGAAAAAGAUGAAAUUGUUUAGGUUGUGUUUAGCUGGUCGAUCUCUCCGGGAAUUGCUCUGUUUUUUUAUUUUUUUUUCCUAAUUUUAAAAAUUAUUAAUUUUUUUCUUUCUUUCUUCUUCUGUGCAUUACGUGGCGGGUGCUGAAUGGCUGUAAUUCUGGUGGGGGUUAGGAGACUGUAAUUGCAUGUAAUUUAAUUUUAACGACUGUUCAGGCUUUUUUUUUCCUCC